AAGUGAGAUAUGGAAACCAUCUGCAGUCUAAGACCAAAAUUAUUUUAACACCCUGUGAAAACAUUUGAAAGGUUGCUGUUAACGAAUGAUGCUUAUGUCAUGUGAGAUAGUCUAACCUAUGCUACUGCAGGUCAUUAAUUUUAUAAAACAUAUAAGUUGGGAGUGGUGCACAACUCUGGAUUCAGAGUCUUAAAUUGAAGACAAUUAAAAGGGACACUAAAUUAAUAACUGCUUUCUCCUUACCCCACCCCAGCAAUUAUAUUAAAUAUUCUUCCUAAAAAAAUUUUUUUAUAGGGGAGAACAAGGCUUUUCACUAAAACAAGAACAACACUCUUUGGUUCAGAUACAGAUAAGAGCCCUUGAUUAACACUGACAAAGCAUUAUCGUCAAGCAAAUGGUAUAGAAUGAAUAUUCUCAGUAUCAAGGACAAAGGUACCGAGGACUGCAACACACAUGCCACUGUCAUAAAUGCCUAGUAAGCAGUCCUGUGGAAGAGAAGGCGAAAAACCCUCAAGCAAAACAAAACACACUGUUCUGAAGGCUAUUUCUCACUCUUACGAUUUUACCGUAAAAAAUGAGAAAACGGGCUUGCGUAGUUUAUGGGAUGUGGGAAUCGGCUUUAGCCGUCGUGCCUACAAUGCACGAACCACUGAAGGGAAAAUAAAGGGCCUUUCAGUAAAGACCUGAUCUCAAGGAGUUUAAGAUUGUGAUAAAGGAGAAGACGGAGAAGUCACCAAGGGGGAAAGUGCUAUAGAAGCGUACCCGAAAUGUUAAAGGCGUUCACCUGGGAGACUAUUUGAGCUAACCCUGGUUACAGGAGAGUACACGCUGCUGUGCGAACAGUGACGUCUGGCCAUCAUCAUGUCUACAGACGGGGAGCGGACAAGCAGGGUUCGACUUCAUGGCGGCAAAGAUAAUUCACUCAUUCCACAAUCCCCAAACGGCGGAAGAAAAGGCUUCCUUCCACAGAAUAUUUUUAAAAUGACCACACCAAACAAGACACCUCCUGGUGCUGACCCUAAGCAGUUGGAAAGGACUGGAACAGUACGGGAAAUUGGGUCACAAGCUGUUUGGUCACUCUCAUCUUGCAAACCAGGAUUUGGAGUGGAUCAAUUACGAGAUGACAAUCUAGAAACUUAUUGGCAGUCAGAUGGCUCCCAGCCUCAUUUAGUGAACAUCCAAUUCAGAAGAAAAACAACAGUGAAGACAUUAUGCAUUUAUGCGGACUACAAAUCUGAUGAAAGCUAUACUCCAAGCAAGAUCUCAGUCAGAGUAGGAAAUAAUUUUCACAAUCUUCAGGAAAUUCGGCAACUUGAAUUGGUGGAACCAAGUGGCUGGAUUCACGUUCCUUUAACUGAUAAUCAUAAGAAGCCAACUCGCACAUUCAUGAUACAGAUUGCUGUUCUAGCCAAUCAUCAGAAUGGAAGAGAUACCCACAUGAGACAAAUUAAAAUAUACACACCUGUGGAAGAGAGCUCCAUUGGUAAAUUUCCUAGAUGUACAACUAUUGAUUUCAUGAUGUAUCGCUCAAUAAGGUGACCUUGAAAUAGAACAAAAGUCAUUAAACAUAUCUUUAUCUUGUCAGUAAAUAUUAAAUCUGGUAUCUUUAUUGAAAAAUGCAUCAAUUAUUUUGCAAUUUUUUAUGCAUUGAAAAGUAUUUUAUUGUAACUUUAAUAAAUAACU